GAGAAUCGGCUGGAGUGCCAGUUGGCGACUUGAGCAAAAAGCAGACUCGGGUACCGUUGCCACUGCUCAUGCGGAUUGCCUGUCCCUCUCUAUGGAUUGCCUGAGGGGAGGCGAGAAAAUUGUGCGUUUUGUCGUCGGGAGCUGGUGAGUCCCCCGGAGGACUCGGCGGUGCUCAAAUCCCGGAAAAGCGGGCAAAAAGCAGAAGGCAACAAACGGCAAAGGGGCGCAGGCAGCCGUUAGAGAUGUGCGGUCAGGCCGAGAUUGUGGUGGCCCCACUUCUUCGUCUGUUGUAGGUAUGCCUGUCUACUAAGCCUGGGCUGAGCAUAUUGUUCUGAAAGGAAACGGAUAACAAACAGGGGAAGUGAACAUGGCUGGGACCGCAGGCUUCUUUUCCAACGGGCCCGUUGCGUGGAUGGACAACGACGCAGAGAUGAACAACCUCUACCGAGACCUGGAACUGGGCACAGUGCUGACGCUGUUUUAUUCCAAAAAGUCUCAGAGGCCAGAGAGGAGGACUUUCCAGGUCAAGCUGGAGACAAGGACCAUUAUCUGGACCCGGGGGACAGACAAAAUCGAGGGAGAAAUUGACAUCCGAGAAAUCAAAGAGAUCCGACCCGGGCAGAAGUCUCGUGACUUUGAGCGCUAUAUGGAGGACUCUGCAGCCAGGCUGGAUCAAGCUCACUGCUUUGUCAUUCUGUACGGGACAGAGUUCCGCCUUAAAUCUCUCAGCCUAGCAGCAACAUCCGAUGAAGAGAUGACCUUGUGGGUGAAGGGAUUAAAUUGGCUUGUUGCUGACACGUUGCAGUCCACAACACCACUUCAAAUAGAGAGGUGGCUGCGGAAGCAAUUCUAUGCCGUUGACCGCAACAGAGAAGAUAGGAUAUCCUGUAAGGAUCUGAAGAACAUGCUGAGCCAGGUCAACUACAGGGUGCCCAACAUGAGGUUCCUCCGAGAGAAACUUCCGGACUCUGAGUGGAGAAAUGGAGAAGUGUCCUUCAGCCAGUUUUCACAACUUUAUCGCAACCUCAUGUUUGAUGCUCAGAAGAAUCUCGAGGUCCCAUUUUUGCAGAGGUUCAUUGACAGACCAGAGCAGAGGAUCUCCCUUGAGGACUUUAAGAGCUUCCUGCUGGAUUCUCAGAUGGAUAUGUGGGCCACCGAUAGCAUCAAAGUUCAGGAGUUUAUGUUCAGCUACCUGAAAGACCCUCUUCGCGAAGUGGAACAACCUUAUUUCCUUCAAGAUGAGUUCCUGACAUACUUAUUCUCCAAAGAGAACACCAUCUGGGAUUCCUCCUUGGACCAAGUAUGUCCAGAAAAUAUGAACAACCCUUUGUCCCAUUACUGGAUCUCCUCUUCACACAACACGUACCUGACAGGAGACCAAUUUUCCAGUGAAUCAUCUCUGGAAGCGUAUGCGCGCUGUUUAAGAAUGGGUUGCCGCUGUAUUGAAUUGGACUGCUGGGAUGGUCCAGAUGGAAUGCCAGUCAUCUACCACGGGCACACCCUUACAACAAAGAUCAAGUUCUGUGAUGUGCUGACCACCAUCAAAGAGCACGCAUUUGUUACGUCAGACUUUCCCAUAAUCCUGUCCAUUGAGGACCACUGCAGUAUUGUCCAGCAGAGGAACAUGGCCACUCACUUUAAGAAACUGUUUGGAGACAUGUUGCUAACCAAAGCAGUGGAUAUCGCAGCGGAUGGCUUGCCCUCACCCAACCAGCUGAAGAAGAAGAUCCUCAUCAAGCAUAAGAAGCUUGCUGAGGGCAGCGCCUAUGAGGAAGUGUCCACCUCCACUCCCUACUCGGAGAACGACAUCAGCAACUCCAUCAAAAACGGAAUCCUAUAUUUGGAAGACCCGAUCAAUCAUGAGUGGUAUCCCCAUUUCUUUGUCCUGACCAGCAGCAAGAUCUACUACUCAGAGGAGACCUCAAGUAGUCAGGGUAACGACGAGGAGGAGGAGCACAGAGAGGUUUCCAAUGGGAUGGAUCAGCAUGUCACAGAAAAGUGGUUCCAUGGAAAGUUGGGCGCGGGGCGGGACGGGCGACAGAUUGCCGAACGGUUGUUGUCGGAGUACUGCCUCGAGACCGGAGCCCCGGAUGGCUCCUUCCUGGUUCGAGAGAGUGAGACCUUUGUGGGGGAUUACACACUGUCUUUCUGGCGCUCGGGACGAGUGCAGCAUUGUCGCAUUCACUCCCGCCAGGAGGCCGGCAGCCCAAAAUUCUACUUGACUGACAACCUGGUGUUUGACACGCUCUUUGCCCUCAUUAACCACUACCAGCAGGUGGCCUUGCGCUGCAAUGAAUUUGAGAUGAAACUGACUGAGCCUGUGCCGCAGACCAAUGCCCAUGAGAGCAAAGAGUGGUACCAUGCCAACCUAUCCAGGAGUCAUGCUGAGAACAUGUUGAUGCGAGUUCCAAGAGAUGGUGCUUUCCUUGUCCGGAAGAGGGCUGAAUCCAACUCAUUUGCCAUUUCCUUCAGGGCCGAGGGCAAGAUUAAGCACUGUUGUGUACAGCAGGAGGGUCAGACUGUGGUGCUGGGCACUUCAGAGUUUGACAGCCUUGUGGAUCUCAUCAGCUACUAUGAGAAGCACCCUCUAUAUCGCAAAAUGAAGCUGCGAUAUCCCAUCAAUGAAGACACACUGGAAAAGAUUGGCACUGCUGAGCCCGACUACGGGUCACUUUAUGAGGGCCGAAAUCCUGGAUUUUAUGUGGAAGCCAAUCAAAUGCCUAUCUUUAAGUGCACAGUAAGAGCUAUGUAUGAGUACAAAGCCCAAAGAGAUGACGAGCUCUCCUUCACUAAAAACGCAACCAUCUCCAAUGUGGACAAACAGGAAGGAGGAUGGUGGAAGGGCGACUGUGGAGGGAAGAAGCAGCUGUGGUUUCCUGCAAACUAUGUCGAGGAGAUCAGUCCGUCAGCCGCAGAGCCGGACAGAAAUCAGGAGAUGACAGAAAACAGCCCUCUGGGAGAUCUGCUGAGAGGAACUGUGGACGUCUCCUCCUGUCAGAUUGGUGUGCGGCCGGAUGGGAAAGGAAGCAGGCCACAUGUCUUCUCCCUUGUGCCAACCACCGCCAUGCGGUCUGGACAAGUGCUGGAAGUUGCUGCUAGCAGUCAGGAAGAAUUAAAGGAAUGGGUUCACAAGAUUCGUGAGGUGGCGAUGACCUCCGAGGCAAAACUGGAGGAGGGGAAGAUGAUGGAGAGGAGAAAGAAGAUUGCACUGGAGUUGUCCGACCUGGUUGUCUACUGCAGACCUGUGCCAUUUGAUGAAGACAAGAUUGGCACGGAGCGCGCCUGUUUCCGGGACAUGUCUUCCUUUCCCGAGACCAAGGCGGAGAAAUACGUCAACAAGAUUAAAGGGAAGAAGUUCCUGCAAUACAAUCGACUGCAGCUGUCCAGGAUCUACCCUCGAGGCCAGAGACUGGACUCGUCUAACUACGACCCUCUGCCCAUGUGGCUCUGCGGCUCACAGCUUGUAGCCCUCAACUUCCAGACGGCGGAUAAGCCCAUGCAGAUGAACCAGGCCUUGUUCAUGUUGAAUGGAAGGAGCGGCUACGUCCUCCAGCCCCCCAUCAUGAGGGACGACAACUUUGAUCCUUUUGACAGACACACGGUGCGGGGCCUCGCGGAAGUCACUCUUCAGAUCGAGGUGUUGGGUGCAAGGCACCUACCCAAACACGGGCGUGGCAUUGUUUGUCCUCUAAUUGAGAUUGAGGUGUGUGGGGCCGAGUAUGACAGCGCCAAGCAAAAAACAGACUCAGAAGCUGAUAAUGGUCUGAACCCCACGUGGCCCAGAAAGCCGUUUCAGUUUGCAGUAAGCAACUCAGCCUUUGCCUUCUUGCGCUUCGUGGUCUACGAGAUCGACAUGUUCAGUGACCAGAACUUUCUGGCUCAGGCCACGUUCCCUAUUCAUAGCCUAAAGACAGGUUAUCGCUCAGUCCCUCUGAAGAACAGCUUUAACGAGGAUCUGGAGUUGGCCUCCUUGUUGGUCCACAUGGACAUUGUCAGAGGAAGAGAUGAAAACGGAGAGAUCAUAUGCCCGUUCCUUGCGACCUCGUCAAACACCGCAUCGGCCCACGCCGCACGGGAACGUUUCGGGGAGCACGGUUCAGCGUCAUCCGUAUCCUCCAUUGUGUCGCCCGUGCCGCAGUCGGCCAGUCAGGCCGCGGCAUCGUAUAGGGGCCGGGAAGGCUCCUUCGACUCUCGCUACCAGUCAGCGCUUGACGACUUCAGGGUAUCGCAGGAGCCACUGCUCGACCACAUGGACACGCAGAACAGAAGGAUGCUACGCCGAACCCGAGUGGGCGGAGAAAACCGUGUCUGAAGCCGCCCCCUCCCCCAUGACCAUACAACCCCCCCCCCCCAACAACCCUCCACAUGCCUCUGCCCGUACUGAUGAUGUCACUGACUGCUGUGAAUACUGUUUCCAUGGAAACGCCCACCACCGCUUUGGCCUACAUUUCAGGCAGCUCACACGAUCCACUCCGCACCUCACACCCCGUUCGCCCAGCCCACUCACCAUCGUAGAGGGAGGGACUGCCACGCCAGAGAGAAAGCUGGUUGCUGCACACGGGAAGAAGACAAAAAGACGUUCCAGCUGCUCAGUGAAAAGUUUGAAAGGGUUUCCUGUUGCGGGCUGUCGACUCAUCUCUGUGUGUGAAAAUGUAUUUAUUCCUGCUGUGCUGUCGGACAGACGACAGCAGCACCCGACCUGCUCUCAAAGAGCUCCCCCGUCUCCCCUCAUUUUGAAUUAUUCCCAUUAUUUAAACAUUCAUAAUGUGAUCUCUCCAUUUCCUUUCUAUGUGUAAAACAUGAGGGCUCUGUGACUGAUUCAGCAUUUUUCUCUCUCUCUCUUGCUCUUUUUGUUCUAUGGGGCGAUGUAAUGCACCUCCUUUUUACAUAUUUCACUUUUUUUUUGUGAAAGGCAUCAGGAAGAAGUCAUAGCUGGUGAGACAGCACAUGUAGCCAUUUUCUUUUUGUUACAUUCCAAAAAUCACAAACUUGCACAUUUGCGUUUUCAGCUGCUCAUUCAUUUGUCCGGUUGAUCUCACGAUACAAUUCGGUUGAUCUCGACAAAGUAUUUUAAUUCUGAAUCGGUGGAAAAGGUUACGGCGUCAUGAUAAGAAAGCUGUCCAUUAUGGUCAUUUUGUUGUAGGAGUGGAAAAAUAUGCCAUAUAUUUAAAUAAGUUCCAAUACUGCCAUCACACGUUUCAUAGGUUUCAAGUUGCACUGCCGAUGCGCUUUUGUUGAAAUGUCAACCAUCGUCUUUGUUUACGCCUUCUGGCUUCUGCAUGUUUGUAAACUCAAAGCAGGUGGGAUGCCGCUGCUCUGCGGACGGACGUCAAGGUGCCUUCAGUGGGUUCACUCGAAGCUCGUGUGUAACUUUGCCCUUUUCUUUUCUCUCUGUCGUGAUGUUAGGUCAGUAUUGUAGCUCAGUGUUCCAACACUGAGAUUCCCAAGCCAUAAGGGUUCAUGAAGAGCUGGAGGUUCAAGCAGGUAUGUUCACAAACGCUUGUUCUACAGAAGGUUUUUAGAAUUGUGAGUGUGUGUGUGAGAGAGAGAGAGAGAGAGGAGUGUGUGUGAAAGAGAGACUGGGUACCCCUGUAUGACUUUUCCCCACCAGCUGUCAAUGUUGCAGUACUGCAAAUGUCUGUCUACACACCCCCAAUCAUUCACUUGCUGACACACACACACACACACACACACGUCUCGACUGACUUGGUCUAAGCAACACGGAAAGACAAAGCGCUGCCUGUUGCCCUUGUAAUCAUUUUUUUUGUUUUUGAUGGGUUCAUGCAGUUUAGUGAAAGAGGUCAAAUGGAUGAGAAAGUCAACACCGCGGAUGUGUAGUGCAAAGCCCCAAAGUGUCUUUUUGUUUCCUCACUGACAGUCUCGCCUGUCCGUAAUGUGCCUAAACUAUGGAGAGGCAGUGUAUUCAUUUUAAUUUUGCCUUUCAUAAGAAACAUAUUAAAGCUUAAGAAUAAAAUACUUACUACUUAACACAAUGUUGUCCUUGUUCCGCUAUGUAAAGAUGCCAUUCAGUCUUGAGUUCAAAAGUAAUAAUCGUGUUAACAAGCUUCAAGUGCACACAAUUUUGCAUUUUGAGUAGUGAAAUAUGACAUUUUAUUCUACAAAUACACUUGUAAAAAUGAUACAUUUAACCUAAGUAGAGAACCUUGGAAAAGUUAUGUUUUACAGUCAAAUGUACAUAAUGCAAAUGCUCCAUAAAAAUAAACGUUCGUAUGUCGAGAACGUCAAGGAGCACUUGAUGCUACGAUACAAACAAAAGUCCA